CAGAGACCUGUGACGAUAUUAAUGAGUGUCUGGGGCCGAGCAUGCCACACUGCGGACGCAGUGCAGUCUGCAGCAAUGCACCGGGGAGUUACUACUGCCACUGCAUCGAUGGCUACGAGCCCAGCCCUGGGAAAGCCAAGUUCAUGCACUCGAGUGAGAACAGCUGCCGGGAUAUUGACAAGUGUCAGGGCCCGAGCCCGGCAGACUGUGGACCCCACGCAAACUGCAUCAACAUGCCUGGGAGUUACUACUGCAGCUGCGUCGAUGGCUACGAGCCCAGCUCUGGGAAAGCCAAGUUCAUGCACGCGAGUGAGAACAGCUGCCAGGAGACCUCACCCAGCCGUUCCUGCGCCAGCCCCAGGCCGCGUGGGAUCACCCCAGCCAGUGCCCUGCGGCGGGUCUAGGCACAAGAAGAAAUCAGCGCCGCAGGAAUCUCAGCCAGCGUCCCGGGGAUUGUGCGGGGAUAGCUGGUAUCGGGAGCCGUGUGGAGAAUCCUUAGGGCUUGGCCCCGGGGGGAAUUGAUGGCGAUCGCUGUUCUCUUUGGAAGCGCACUGAUUAUUCCAGACCAGAGUGUCCGGACAGGGAGCGAUUCCACAGGAGCUGUUACCCUCAAUUUCCCCAUGGACUUAAGCCCCUAGAGACACCCAAUCUCAGAGCUCCCUGCAACUCGGAGUGAGUUUGGAAGCCGCGGGACACCCGUGUGCCGGAGGGAGGGGAGAGCUCCGGCUGCACCGCCGAGAACCCAGUGCAUGGCCCCCCUUCUCCAGCAGACAGAGCGUUAGGGCUGGGGAAAGCAC